AAAUUGAGGAGAGAAAUGAUUGAAUCAGAUUCCACUCUUUUGCCCAGUGCUCACUCUCUCCCCCUCUCCCCCUCCCCCUCUCUCCCCCCUCUGUUUCAGGCCGGCUCCGCCCACGUCCGUAUCCGCCGCGACGCCAACGAGCAGCUGGUCCUCGCUCACGUCACCAACCGCCUCCUCCCGCUCGUCUCCACGCUGAGCGUCCAGAUCUUUAAAGACGACUGGAGCCGGCCCCUCCUCACGUCGGCCCUCACCUCUUCUUCUGCUCCUCCUGAAGGCUACACCUCCUCCUCCUCCUCUCUGCCCCCUCCUCUCCACGGGAUGGACCCUCUGACCUCCACCCCCUCCAAACCCAGCAGCUCUCCCCCAGAGUUCGCCUUCGAGACCCCGGGGAGGAACGCUCAGCAGGUGGUCCUCCCGGCCCCCGGACAGCACAGGCCCUACGGAGGUUUGGGGCUUCCCUACGGAGCGUCUCCCUACGCGGGGAUGCUGAGUCAGGGGUUAGCGAGGCCUGGCGUGGGGCUGGGUCUCGGGGCGGGGUUAGGACUGGGCGUGGGCGUGCCCCCCUCCUCUCAGAGCUACAGGACUGCCUUCGGGGGGGCCACAGUGCCGCUACGCUUCGGGAGCCACAACCCUUUGGCCCCUCAGUCGCAGUACAGACAGUACCGACCAUAAAUGUGCCGCGACAGGACUUCAAAAACUUUUUUUCCCGUGAUGGAGGUGAAGGUUCC